AUGUUCAUACUGACUGUGAGCUCAUACACGGCAUAUACGUUCAUACUCCUGGGCCUGGGCCUCAUCAUCCUGGGCCUCAUCAUCCUGGGCCUCCUGAUCCAGGCAGACGGCAAGCUGGACUUCGGUGUCUUCCUGGAGAGCGGCAGGUAUGCCGACGUUGAGUUCGUCGUGCAGUCCGGCCCGUACUCCGUGUCCAGGACCUUCAAGGCCCACAAACAGCUGUUGGCCAUGCGCAGUGACGUAUUUGGAGCCAUGUUUCGCGGAUCGCUCCACGAACGGGACACCGUCCUCAUCAGGGACCUGCACCCCGAUGGCUUCCGUGGGCUUCUCAAGUACGUAUACACAGGACGGUCCGCUAUCAACAACAUCGAAGAUGCCAUUUACACAAGAGACGCGGCUAAGAAGUACCACUUGCUAGAUCUCGCCAACACCUGCACCGAAUAUAUUGAAAGUCACCUCGAAGCAGAUGACGUCUGCACGGUGAUCGACCACUCGUUCGUGUCUUACGGUGAAGUCAGAGACGACGUGGUGGAGGAAGUGAUCUUGGGCAACGCUGAAUCCGUGCUGUCGUCUGCUGCCUUCACGAUCUCCACGGAGCAGACGGUGAACUUCGUUUUGGACAGGGUGCACGGCGUUCCGGCGAAGAUGGUCAUCAGGGCCGUGCUCCGUUGGGCAGGCGCGCAGUGCGGUCCCGACGUCGCCAAGCGUGAGCACAGGGGGACAGUCGCCGCCGCUGUGAGAAAGUUCCUGCCCAAGCUCAAGUUCCUGGCGCUCAGCGUGCGGCAAAUGACGAAAUUCGUCAGGGCCGACGCCACGUGUGACAUUCUCUCGCCGGACGAGGCGUCCGCCAUCUUGUGCGAGAUUCUCGAACCCGGGAAAGUGUCACGGCUGCCAGAGUGGCUGAACCCCGAGCGUGACAUUUUGACAGGCGCGAAUCGACUUCCCGAGAACGGAGGGACGCUCCGCGGAGGGCGGCUCCCCUCCCCUAAAGCGGAGGGGGGCUCCCCAUUAGACGUCGCUGAGUCGGCGCCGAUUCGAUUCUCUUGCGCGGACGAGAUGAUGCGGCCGGAUUCCUAAAACGCGACCCCGCUGUGCCGCCGACGCAAAGGCAAACGGGACCAUCUUCUUUCUUACUUUCUUUCUUUGUAUUUCAGUUUUUUUAUAAAGGCGCUAUGAUGUUACCUCUCUCUUCUAUAGCCUGUCCGUAGCCCUGUUCUGUAAUCCGUGUGUAAGAGAAAAUUACCUUCCAGCGUCGUGCUCUUGUGCCAUUUUCUCAGGUGGAGCAGAAUCUGAAAUCAAGCUUUUCCCACUUUUAUUCUAAUUGUGCGGGUCUUUGCUUGUCUGUACAUGCGCGCGUUCAAAUAAACAGUGAAUAAAAACAAUACGAAGACAGCUUGUGUGCUUUCCAUUUCAACUCUGGAAGCAACGCCGACAUCGACACGUCGCAGUGUCUGGUGGAUUCUGUUGUCGAGCCGCGACGGAAAUAUCAGUGUGUUUUUUUUUUGUCUUUCUUUUUUGGCCUGGUUGAAAUGGGCUCGCUAGAGGUCCUUGUAAUAUACGUAUACUGCUUUCUUUGAAAUGA